AUGGCCGAGCCCGAGGAGCUCGACGAGGAUCUCUUCGCCGAUCUCUACGAGAACGACGAGGCCCCCUCCAAGCCCGCACAUUCCUCCGCUCCUGCUGCCCAGCCUGCACCGUCCAUGCCGGAGCCUGCACAGGUGGCCAUUCCGACAAUUGAACAGCACCAAGGCUUCACUCACAAUGGCGGGGCUGCAGGUGCAGGCGAUGGUGAUGUGAGCAUGAAUGGCGGCGACCACCAGGCUGGGCACCACGAGCAUGCCGGUGGCCAUGAGCAACCGAGCGGCAUUGGUAUCAAAGAAGACGGUAAAAUGUUCAUUGGUGGACUGAACUGGGAGACAACGGAUCAAUCGCUGCGUGAUUACUUCUCACAGUUUGGUGAAGUCGCUGAAUGCACUGUUAUGCGUGAUGGUGCCACUGGCCGGUCGCGCGGCUUUGGUUUCCUUACCUUCAAGGACCCCAAGACUGUCAACAUUGUCAUGGUAAAGGAGCACUAUCUUGACGGCAAAAUUAUUGACCCGAAGCGUGCGAUUCCUCGCGAGGAGCAGGAAAAGACGGCCAAGAUCUUCGUCGGAGGUGUCAGCCAGGAGGCUACCGAGCAAGACUUCAAGACCUUCUUCGAAGAGUUCGGCCGCGUUAUCGAUGCCACGCUCAUGAUGGACAAGGACACGGGCCGACCCCGUGGUUUCGGGUUCGUCACCUUCGACGGUGAAGCCGCCGUCGAUGCCUGUCUUCAGGGUCCGCUAGCCAUCCUCGGCAAGCCCAUUGAGGUUAAGCGCGCCCAGCCCCGUGGUAACUUGAAGGACAACGACGACGACAGAGGUGGAAAGUUUGGCCGCCGUGGCGACAAGUUUGGUAACCGUGAUGGCGGUGGUUUCGACAACCAGCAAAAUCAGCAGCAGGGCCCCCAGGGUAUGCCCAACGGCAUGAGUCCGGCCAUGAUGGCGCAGUACUGGCAGCGCAUGCAACAGUAUUUCGCCAUGAUGCAGCAACAAAUGGCGGCUACCAUGCAGGGCGGACAGCAGAUGAACCCCAUGAUGGGCGGUCCCGGUGGACAGAUGAACCCACAGAUGAUGCAGCAGAUGAUGGCUAUGCAACAGAUGAGAGGCAACGGCACCAUGUCCCCGACCGGCAGCCCCGUCCCUCCGGGCACCCCGAUGCAGAACGGCAUGAAUCCGAUGAUGCAGCAACCGAUGCCGCAAGGCCAGAUGGGUCCUGGCGCGAUGGGUUCUCCUGGUUUCCAAGGUGGGCCUGCCGCUGCCGCUGCCGCUAGCAUGAUGGCUGCAGCUAACCGUCCGGGUUUCAACGCGCAAGAACAACUUGCAUUCGAGCAACAAAAAUAUGAGCAGCAACAGGCGCGCCGCAUGCAGGUAGGCGCGUACGGCCAAGGCGGCGGCUACAACCAAGGGGGGCCAACCAGCUGGGAGGGCAUGUACGACGAUGUGCCGCAGCCCAACAUGCCGGCGAACGGCCCGCAGGCUGGUGCUGCCCGUGGUGGCUUCAGCGGCAGAGGCGGAUUCAGCACGCAGAGGGGAGGAGGUGUUGCUCGCGGCCAGGCCACGACGCCGCCGGUCCAACCCAGCAACGCGCCCGCAAACGCUCCCACCGGCCCCAAGAACGCUGGUAAGCCGGGCGCAAACUACCGCGGCGGUGGUCGGGGAUCGCACAGGGGAUUCCACCCGUACGCGAGGAAUGGCUAA